AUGGUGAGCCCAAGCAGGUCGAAGGACGGUGAGCCUUCGACGACAAAGAAGUCGCAUGAUGACUUUACCAGGGCCCUUGCCUCGCAAGCCAUACAAGCACUUGCUGAGUAUGAAAAGGAUCCGGAUCUGCUCGGAAAACGACGAGAGGACCGUAACCUUUCAGCAAGUCCGGAACGCCCCGGGCCCCAGUUCUCAGCGCUGAACUUGGAGGUGAUCGAGUACGCGGGUGCUCUGGAUGCCAUUCUAGCCGAAGAGAAGAAGAUUUAUCAGGAGCAUGAGGCCGCAUUAGGACGAACAGUCACAAUUAAGGAUGUUAUGGAAUACGAACAGAGAACAGCAUAUGGGGCAGAUCCCUACAAGGAGUGUGCGUCGGUUGGUAGACCAAUCGCAAGACUUGGCACCGAGGCGGACAUUGAAGCACAGAGAAUCAAGAUGUUUGAGGAGACGGACGACCGGUGCAACGCCACAACGAAGAAAGAGCUGGAUGAAAUGGACUCUCUCGACCGGCGUGCCAUGGCGAGGCACUUUGUGCGACAGCGCUGGGAGAUGAUGAGGAUCUGGAACGACAGGUGGAAGCUGACGACGAGCCCGAAGCCAAACUGGACCUGGCCGUGGCAAAAGGCACGCCCCGACCAGGACGAGGCGGGAAACCUGACGCUCCUCCGCGACGCCAUCGACGCGUGCGGCGCCCUUAGCCCCGGCGAGUACGGGGCACAGGUCCAGCACCGGGCCCGCAACCAGAAGCCGCGAAGCGACUGGACGGCCACGCAGGGCGACGACUUCCUCGGCUCGCGGCCGUGGUUCGUCUUCGACGCCGAGUGCAUGGUGGAGUGGACGCGGCGCGGCGGCGUCGCGCUGGAUGACCAGCAGCGCUGGCCCACGGCGCCGGGGGACUUUGUGCGCAGGCGGUGGAUGGAGAGGGGGCUGUGGAGGCGCGAGUGGGAUUACCUGGAGGGGACGCGCAGCGAGCCCAUCCCCGGGUGGCGGUGGAAGGGCGAGGGCGAGGGAAAAGGGAAAGACGAAGGAGGCGACGAGCCCGGGUGGGCGGACCUGGAGGAGCUGCGGUGGAUCAAGGACACGCUCCGCACGCUCAAGAUGGCCGACCGCGUGGUCAAGGACGGAGACCCGGUGCCGAAACGCAGCCGGCGCAUCGUGGAGCGCCAAGCCGGAAAGCGCCGGGCCACGGAGGAGGAGGCUGCCAAGUCGGCGGCGGUGCAGGAGAGCGCCGCCGUCGUUCCGCAGCCGCGACGGGGACGGGGAGCUUCACAGCAACCUGUGCUACAGCCGCCUUCGCAGCCACAUCCUGCCGGACGACGAGGACAGGGACGGGGAGCUUCGCAGCAACCCGUGACGCAGCCACCGGCGCCGGCGCCGGCUGCUGGGCGACGAGGACGAGAACGAGGACGAGGACGACGUGAGGCUUCACAGCAGCCUGCUCCGCCUGCGCCGCCGCCGACGCGCACCCAGCCAGCGAGGGAAUGGAAAGGGAAAAGACGUGCUGACAUAAAAGAGGAAGAGGACGAGGCAACAGACCCGAAGAGUGCGGCGCCGGCGCCAGCGAGGAAGCGCAGACGACGAAGAUAA